GUGUGGUGGCGCGAGGAUCUGUUAUAUAUUUCAUGAUAUAUUUGGCAAGACCUUGGAGAAUAUGGAUGCUUUAGGCGGACUAUCUACUCGGGAUAUUCUAACUGCAAUAAGAAAUGCAACGGUAAGUCAUGUGUAACCUCGAUACCAUUUCGCAGACCCUAUACUAUAGAAAUAUUUUCCAGGGGGGCCAUGCCCCCGGACAGCUGGACCCGCUAGUUGUACUGUGUAUUCGAUUAUUAGACUCCCCCCCCCCCCCACUUGUUUGGGACUGGCUACGCCCCUGUCAAGAUGAACUAUCGAGUCUUCUCUAACACGUUGUUUUUCUCUUCUUCAGGGUCCACGACCAGCUUUAUUUGUACCGGAAAUUUCUUUCGAACUUCUAGUCAAGCGACAAAUUCGUCGCCUCGAAGAUCCAGGAUUACGGUGCGUGGAACUUGUUCAUGAAGAAAUGCAACGGAUUAUUCAGCAUGCCUUCGCUCACGUAAGUUCAAUUGACAACGCUUGCCUAAAUGGAAAAAUAUUUGACUUUUAAUGUGAAAAACUUUGUCGUCUCCAGAACCUUGUCUUUUCUUUUAAAUACAAUGAAAUAUAAUUUCAAACUUUAUUCUUCGUACAGGUGUUAGAAAUUCAAAGAUUUCCUGCCCUGCAUAACAGGAUAGUUGAAGUUGUUUCUGAUGUUCUUUUCAAGAGACUGAAACCAACAAAUGAUAUGGUAAGUACCGCUGGCUUUGCCUUGAAGAGAUGUUGCAUGUAUAAUUCUGAUAUGCGUGUUGCAUGUAUAAUUCUGAUAUCUGAAUAGCGUUAACGAUCUAUUUUAUUCUAAUCAGGUUGAAAACUUGGUAAAGAUUGAGCUUGCGUAUAUCAAUACUAAUCAUCCAGAUUUUACAGACGCCACUGCUGUCGUCUCUGAUAUUGUGAAACGUGAAUCGGUAUGUUCAAUGAUAACAAGUUGUUUGGCCUUAUUUAUACUCUAGUACAGACGGAUUAUCCGUAUCAUCAUCAUUCGUCUGUUGUUACACUACAACAUAUAUUUGUCUUUUCCAGCAACAAGCAUCUUUACGACACAAGAAUAAGCAGACACCAAGUUUAGAGGUAUAACUUAAAGGGUAAUGGCAAUAAAAAAAUUUAUUGCUUUAUCUGAAAGAGCAUGAAAAAAUAAGCCGAUUGGCCGUUUACUGCUCUAUUCUAUCUCAUCUGG